AUGAUUAUUGCUGCAUAACCAAAUCGUUUAAAUGAGUAUGAAGAUUAAGCCAAAAAGAUCUUCUAUCAUGAUUAUUUUGAAAAUAGAAUUAAAACAUUUCCAAUCAUUUGUAGAUUUAAGAAAAGAGUUUAUCAAUCACAAUUUAUAAAUUAUACUACAUUAUUUCAUAAUCUAAAACAUCAUAUAGGAAUAGGAAAUUAAAUAAAAAUUAAUAAGAAUAAGAAUAAUAGAUUAUAAUAUUGUUGCAGUCUCUAAUAUAUUCAUACUUUGUAUCCUUAAUUACAUUUAGGAAUUCGAUUAAAUAGAAAAACUAAGAAUUCAAAUUUAGAUUUCUCUAUAUAUAAAUACAUUAAUGAUUUCUCAUCACUUACAUUUUGUUACAAUAUUGAUCCAAAAUAUUAAACUUAAUAAAAGUUUAUAUUUAAUUAUAAAGAAUCUGCUAUAAGUAUAAAAGAAGAUAAAUUGAAACUUAAAUUAUAGAUAGGUAAUGUGAUCUAACCUUAUGUUAAAACUGAUUUGAGAACCUUUUCGUAUAUAUUUUAUUUAAAUCAAGAAAAGUUAUAUUUGGUGUGAAAGCUAAGUUAAAGGAUUUUGAGCUAUUUGCAUACAAAGAGAUUUCAAAAAAGGAAGAAUAAAGUAGUCUAUCAUUGGGAGUGAUGCUUAAUAUAUUAGAUUGGAAAGUAGGUUUGAAGAUGAAUUUUAAAGAAAAUAAUAGUUAUUUUGCACUUUUGUAUCAAUUAAAACUCAUUAUCAAAUUAGUAUUUAGAAAUUUGGGCUAGCAAUUUAAUUUCCAUUUUAUAGUUUAAUAUACAAUGAUCUUUUAGAGAAAUAUACAAUAGCAGCAUUUGGAUUUAUGAUUGGAUGUUCCAUUCUAAAAUGUUUUUAAUAACCUAAAGUUUUACCAUUAAAUAAAUAAUAAAGAAUUGAAUAAUCAAGAAAUCAAUUAAAUUUAUUAGAACAUAAAACUAAAUAGAAUUUUAGAUAUGAAAAAGAAAAUAAUGGAUUAUUAAUUUUGUUUGCAUAUUAUGGUAAUGCAGAACAUAUUAAAUUAUUGAGUCAAUAAUAAAAUAAAUCAAAAUAUCACUUAUAAAAUGAUGUAUAAUAUUAUAACAAUUAUUUUAGUUAGAAAUUAUUGAUGUAACAUUAUCAUGUUAAUUUAAUGUGAAGAAUUCUAAGUUACAUUUACCAAAGUAUUCAAAAUCUGUUCUUUUUGGUUUCUGUGAUCCUUGUGAAAAUACAAAUACUCAUAAAUUAUUGUUAUUUGAAUACACAUACAAAUAACAAAAAUUUAAUUAAAUAUUUGAUGACUUGGAUGAGGUGAUCUUGCCUUGA